CAUUGACAUCCAGUCGGGCUUGUGAUGGCGCUGCACACGUCGUCCUUCGUAGUGCCCGUAUAGCAUGGAUGCAUAGUAGAAUAAUGUGACCAUCUUAUUAGUUAAUGAUAAUUUAUUCUUUUGAAUUAUCAUACGUAUGUCCGUAUUUGUAGAUGAAAUACAAUCUUACUAUGUGAAGCUCACUUUCCAGAUCAAGCUUUAUUAGCUGAGUCCCAGUGUUCAUUCAUGCAGUUGAAGUUAGCGUCAUGUCACAAGAAGGGAUUUUACUUGACCCAACACCGGCGGGUGAGUGUAAAACCGGCACCGGCACCGGCAGCAGCAGACGCCGUGUCGGCCUCGUCGUCACCGGGGCGUUGGGGGCGGCGCUGGUCGCGCUUUACGCCGGGGCCGCGCCGUUCCUCGCUCCUGCCCUGAGAAAAGUCUGCCUCCCGUUCGUCCCCGCGACAGCAGCUCAGGUGGAGAACGUCCUCGCGGCGCUGCGGCGCAGAUCGGGGCCGCUGGUGGACAUCGGCAGUGGGGAUGGACGGAUCGUGAUAGCGGCGGCCAAGCGUGGCUUCCAGGCGUCGGGCUUCGAGCUGAACCCGUGGCUCGUGUGGUUUUCACGCUACAAGGCCUGGAGAGAGGGGGUCCACGCAUCAACGUCGUUCCACAUGUGUGACCUGUGGAAGGUCAGUUUUGCUCAGUACUCCAACGUUGUCAUUUUUGGAGUUCCCCAAAUGAUGCAGCAUCUGGAGCUGAAGCUGGAACGGGAGCUACCGAGCGCAGCCAAGGUGGUGGCCUGUCGUUUCCCUUUCCCCACUUGGGUCCCUGAACACACCGCGGGAGAGGGAAUAGACACUGUAUGGGUGUACGAUGCUGGGACCUUUAAAUCACGCCUGCGAGAGGAAACUAAAGGAACACCAGAACAAGAGGACACGAUACAGUCACACACCUAAAUGCAAACACAUGUUGAUGAAUUAGAAAAUGUAUAUGUCCCUGGGAUGAAUGGCUUCAACUGGGGAGUUGACUUGAAAUGGUUGUGAAUGACUGAGGUUGUUUUUAAAAAGUACCUUUUGUCCAGGUUUAACAUUUUUGCAGUAAAAAUGUCUGACAGCGGUAA